AUACAAAUUAAUUUCUAAUUAGUUUUAUUAUGUCAUAAAAUAUAGAUAUAGAAUUUCAUGUAUCUCAACUCUCGACAGUCGACACUCUUUGACCAAGUAUCUGGCUUUCUUUUGGUACAUCAUCAACAUGGGUCAAGUUCAAAGCGAGGCAGUUGAUGAAGCUCAAACUCAAAGUGAACCCCAACACUCAUCAUCAUCACCUGCAAGCUCCAUGGAAUCGCUUCUUGCAGAAGCUGCAGCAUAUGGCGAUGAUGAGAAUGAGUCUCUUGAUGCGAAGGCUCAGAAAGCAUUAGAGUGCCCUUGCAUAGCUGACUUGCGAAAAGGCCCAUGUGGGGAACAGUUCUCAGAGGCUUUUCUCUGCUUCCUCAAAAGUACUUCUGAGGAAAAGGGCUCGGAUUGCGUGCAUCCAUUCGUGGCUUUGCAGAAUUGUAUCAAAGCUAACCCUAAUGCAUUUUCUAAAGACAUAUUAGAUGAAGAUGAAGAUGAAGUCAAGAAAGAGGAAGAGCCACCUCCAAGUCCAACAUACAAAAUCUAUCCUCCCCUAUGGUCCAGGGGUCCUCAGAGUCCAAAGUCCAAGCUUUAGGGAAAAGAUUGAAGAUGUCCCAUUUUCACCUUUUCUAGUUCCCCUUAAACUAUACAAUAUAUAUUUUUCCAUAAUGUUAAACCUUAGAUUUAAGUGGUUAGAAAGGGCAUUGUUCAUUCAUUAACCAACUCAUUGAUUAAUGAUUUCAUGCCUUAAAGCUUUCUCAACCCCUUUUGAUCAAUGGACUCCUCAUGUGUAUGGAGGAGUGUAAUUCGUUCGAUAAAUUCCUACCUCUUUAUCUA